UGUGGAGUUUCUAAUUAACAAACCUCGAAUUUUUUAAGACAUUCUGCUUUUAAGAUUUAACACAUGAUAUCAGUGGACGAAGAGGAGAUAGAUGAGGCUGUCCAGCAGUAUUCCACCGACACCACCUGGAGCUGGACCCGUCAGACCAUGAACUACGUGGGUCAGCUUGCAGGCCAGGUGUUUGUCCAGGUCAAAGAGCUGUACCGAGGACUUAACCCUGCAACGCUUUCUGGCUGCAUCGACGUCAUCGUGGUGAGACAGCCGGAUGGCUCCCUGCAUUGCUCACCUUUCCAUGUUCGCUUCGGCAAAAUGGGAGUCCUCCGUUCCAGAGAGAAAGUGGUGGACAUUGAAAUCAAUGGAGAAUCGGUGGAUCUUCAUAUGAAGCUUGGCGAUAACGGAGAGGCCUUUUUUGUGCAAGAAACCGAAAACGAUCAGGAAGUAGUUCCCUCCUAUCUGGCUACCUCUCCCAUCUUGUCAGACGCUGCCUUUUCAAUGAGCUCCCCUCUGAUGGGGAAGAGCACCGGACCUCCUAUACAGACCCUGUGCCCCUUAGGGAGCAAUGGCGAGAGCAGUGGGGCGAUAAAAAAGAGGAGGAAAAGGAGGAGAAAGAGUCGGGCAGACAGCGCAAGGAGGGGAGAGAGUGGAGACUACUCGGCUGAUGAAGACAUGUUUUCAAUAGACAUCAGUUCUGAUGAAGAGACGGAAAUGGAGAGCGGCAGAUCUUUAUCAAGGGACGCGUUGAGAGAGGAAACAGGAGCAGUUUCAGGCAAAUGUUCUUUCAAACAGGCUGGGAUCCACACUCGUUCAGAUGGAGACUGGAGCCCAAUCCACAGCCGGGACAACUCUCGCCCCACCUCUCCAAAGAGCGACUCAGAGCUGAUCACCAAUCUAUCAGAUGCACAUAGUCAGAAUCCAGCCAUGCACUGGGCGUGGGGAGAGCUGCCUCAGGCUGCUGCGCCUUCGUUUCUUUCACUGAAGGCUGCUGCGCCACGUCCUUAUCCUGUAUCCAUUCCCAUGUCCGAAAAUACACAUUUCCGAGCGAUCCCUCAUCAAGCACCAUCAGACCAACCAUGCUCUAAAAUACAAGCUCCCAGUCUGCUGACUGAAGAGGAGACAGAAGUCAAAAAGGAAAAGGCGGUCAGAGUCAGGAUGGAGUCUGAAUCCAUUAGGAUGGAGGCCCAGAUAUCAGCUUCAGAGACGCAGAUGACUGCAUCUGGAGGGUCGGGAAUGCAGAGGGUGACUGAAACAGAGGAAACAGUUGCUUGCACAUCCACUAAAACAGAUUCUCCGUCAAAGAAAAAAGACAAAAGGAGCCGCCAUCUUGGUUCUGAUGGAAUUUACUUGGACGACAUCACAGAGUUGGAGCCGGAGGUGGCUGCCCUAUAUUUCCCUAAAAGUGAGAGCUCGUCCACCAUGAGAAGUAUCUCUGAUCCGGGGCUUCACAGCACCAGUUUGUCCCCACAGUCUAUGAGCUCAGGGGGAGACAGCGGUGUGGACAGCUACUGUGACCCCAUGUCUGACCUGCCAUCUAUGGCCAUCUCUCUGUGUGGGGGGCUCACUGACAACAAGGAGAUUACUAAAGAGCAAUUCUAUGAUAAAAUCAUCUCCUAUCAACAGUUUGCUGAAAACCCUUCCAUCAUAGAUGAUCCAAACCUGGUGGUUAAAAUCGGCACAAAGUACUAUAAUUGGAGCACGGCGGCUCCACUCGUGCUCGCCAUGCAAGCCUUUCAGAAACCUCUGCCAAAGGCCACAGUGGAGAACAUCAUGAAGGAGAAAAUGCCCAGGAAAGGAGGGAGGUGGUGGUUCUCCUGGCGAGGCAGAAAUAACCAGAAAUCAGAGUCCGUCGCUGAAUGUGGGGCGUGUGGUACUACUGAGCAAGUUGGAAUAAUGAAAAGCAGGCUUAAAGAAGAGACAUCAUCUAGUGAUGAAGAUCACAUUGCAACCAUGCAAAGCUCUCCCAUCAUCCAAUCAGAACCUGGGGUCUCUUCAAGGGGUGUGUCUUACAAGAAAACGCUCCGCCUCACAUCAGAGCAGCUGCUGUCACUUCAACUUCAGGACGGUCCUAAUGAUGUUGUGUUUAGUGUGACCACUCAGUACCAGGGAACCUGUCGCUGUCAGGGAACCAUCUACCUCUGGAACUGGGAUGACAAGAUCAUCAUAUCUGAUAUAGACGGAACCAUUACCAGGUCCGACACAUUGGGUCACAUCCUACCAACACUUGGGAAAGACUGGACUCACCAGGGAAUCGCACAACUUUACCACAAAGUCAGCCAGUGAGCCCCUUUCUUUCUAACUAAAUCCUUCAUCUCUAUAUCAAGGGGAGUGGCUGCCUAGUGGUUAGGGAAUUGCACUGGGAAUCCAGAAGUUCUGAGUUAAAGCCCCACUCCCACAGACUGCCACUCUGGGUCCCUGAGCAAGACCCUUAACCCCACACUGCUCCCCGGGUGCCGCACAAUGGCAGCCCACUGCUCCGCA